ACAAGUUUCAUAAACCCUUCGAUCAAAGCACUUUGUGAAACUUAGUUCGCCUGCGAAACAAAUUUAUCCUAUCGUCAAAAUUCCCGUUGAGUUCAAGGGCCGAACAAGAUAAGAUUCUUAAAACAUCAAAGCCAUGUUUCUGGACGCUUUUGGAAUCCCCAAGGAGGUGACAGCCGACAAUCUGAACAGCUACUCUUACGAUCUGCACGGCACUAAACUUCUGACAUCGGCGGAUGUUGAGUUCUUCAUGCCGCCCAAUUGGCAUGGCACUAUUUACAGUACUGAGGAGUUGCUGCACAGCUACAGAAAGCGGUUUAAUCCCGAUCCCGCUCUGCUGACCUUCCAUGCCCUGCAGCCCUACGAACCCGAGUUCAUCUGCUGCGAGAAAGCCGUGGUCGAGCUCACGGUCUUGCCGGCUGGCCAAAGCCUCUACAGCGACAAGGACAUCGUGGUGUUCCUGCUCAAGCAGCCAUCCGAGGAGAAAAAUGUGCUAAUCAUAAAGGAACUGGGCUCCGAGCUGAACUUCUUCCCCCACAACCAUCACUACCAUGCCCGGAUCAUCGACGAGGGCAUCGAUGUGGUCUAUGUGGAUGACAAGAUCUAUAUUAGAAAUCCUACCAUUGGAUAUCAGCACCAGCGACUGUACAACUUGCUCAGGAAUAUCAAGCCGGGUGCCGUUCUCAGCCUCUCGGGUCGUCCUUUGCCCGAUGUCCUGGCCAGUGUCUGCAGGAAACCAGCCCACGGAGUCAAGGAACACAAUUGAGGAGGCACCUCUUUCCCCAUUGCAAUACCCCAUCCCUAAAACUUGAGCAGUCCGGUUAAUAAACUUUGUGACUCCAGUAGA